UCUAAUCCAGCUACCUCCUGCAUCGUAAUGUUUCAAACUUUGACAAACAUAAAUCAUUGUUUGGGAGCUCAUACAGGUGACUCCAGCUUGGCCCUAGCUAGCUUGACAAAGUAAAACUCCCAGUAAUAGAUCGUUCAACGUGAGGUGAGAUAAUGGGUGAAUCAGCGGUGUCCUUGGCUGCCCAACACAUAGAUACCCUGAUUGUUGAAGAAUCCAACGCUUUAUUGGAUGUGGAAUCUGAAGCCAAAAACCUUCGGGAAGAGCUCAAAGAAUUGGUCAACUAUCUUGAUGAAGUGAGAAACAAGGAACCCAACGACCCUGAGCAGGUUGAAGCCUUGCUGGCUGAACUGGGAAGAAUUUCUUAUGAUGCUGAGGAUGUGGUGGAUACCUUUGUGUCCGAAACUGAAACCACUGUGUUUAGAAGCCUGAUGCCACGCCCACGCGGCCUCUUCAAGUCCUCCCGAGUCCAUCAGGCUUCCAGGAAGAUCCAGAGCCUACUAGAACAGAUGAAAGAGGUACGGACCAAGCUGAAAAGCCAGUAUAAUACUCAUGAGUGUGGUGAAAAGGUGUCAAAAAGCCCGAAGAAGAAGCUAAGGGAGGCACAAGUCCAUGGUGCCCUGGCCUUCCAGGCUCAUCUCCAAGCUGAAGAUGACUUUGUCGUUGGCAUUGAUAAUGACGUUGACAGGCUGGUUAAAAUCUUACUUGGGAAAGUAAAUAAUGAGCCUGUUGACGUGGUUGCCAUUGUAGGCAUGGGUGGUUCUGGAAAAACUACCCUAGCUAGAAACAUCUACAAACAUAGGAAGGUCUUGAAGCACUUCAAGAAACAGGCAUGGGUACCGCUCUCUCAAGAGUGGGAGUGGGACGCAUAUCAUGAGAAGGUGCUUAUGUCUGAACUUGUUAGACAAUUGGGAGGCGUUCCUUCCAAUAUGAUUUCAGGUUAUGAUUAUCAAAGAGAUGAGUCCGACGAGGAGAUUCUCGAGUUGACCAAGUCGCAGCUCCAUCGUUUACUGAGCACUGAAACGUGCCUAGUUGUGUUGGAUGAUGUGUGGCACUGGGAAUCUUUCCAGAAGAUUCUCCAAAGCUUGUUAGGCCACGAAUCUUCUUCCAGUGUCUAUCCUACCACCAGCACCAAGAUCAUAGUCACUACUCGACAACAUCUGCAGCAGUCUCCGGAAUACAACUUGAAAUGGCAAUACCAUUACACACGAUUCCUCAACGAUGAUGAUAGCUGGAAACUAUUUAACGAGGUGUCUAGAAGCGAUAAUGGGAGAGAGUUAGCUAGGGAAUACCGGGGAUUGGCUAUGGAGAUGUUAGGGACAUGCAAAGGUCUUCCAUUAGCUAUAGUGGCAUUAGGCAGGCUCCUUAAGAUAAAAGACACUAUCCACGAAUGGGAAAGGGUGUUUACUCGUCUAGAUGGAGAAGAAGGCACGCAUCUAUAUCGGCCAGUAAAUGAUAUCUUAGCUUUGAGUUAUGAUGAACUUCCUUACUAUUUAAAACCCUGCUUUCUCUACUUAGGACUCCUAGCAGAAGAUUCCACUAUCUCUGCAGGGUCAUUGAAGAGGAUGUGGAUCGCUGAAGGAUUUGUUAAAAAACAACAAAUAAACGACCAAACGCCUGAAGAUGCAGCAAAACGACUCUUGCAGGAACUAGUUGAUCACACUAUGGUUCAAGUUGUGACCAAGACUUAUGCUGGCAAAGUCAAGACUCUUCGGGUUCAUGAUAUAAUGAGGGAUCUUUGUAUCUUGAAAGCCCAAGAGCUACACUUCCUCACCAUUUUUUCUUCGGAUUUUGAACAAGGCUCCAGGACUCAUUCAUCACGCCGAGCUGCUAUCGAUCUCAGGAAGUUUCGACGAAAUAGCACGUUAUGCGAAAUGACAAGUUACAUUCAUAAUUUUAUUGUAAGUUGCACACUUGCAGUACAUGAUGAUGAUGAUGGUAUCUAUCUUCCAGGCUACAUGAAUUGAAGGAUUGUGAAUAUCAAGUGCUCCAAACCCCUUUCGGCAGAUAACUCACACCUUAGGUCAUUGCUGCUUUUUGCAAAAUCCAAUACCGGUGUAGGAGUUGGAACAAUUGGUAGAGUGAGUAGGCAACGAACUUUGGACCUUGCCUGUGUAUGCGAGAAGUUCAAAUUGUUAAGGGUCUUGGAUAUUAUUGGAAUUAAAACCUCCAGUAGUACCAUUCCAAUCGA